UGUCCGUGACCCGCCGAGACCCCCGCCUACUGCGCUCUCCUCAGGGCGCUGAGGGGCGGCCCCGGGUCCCGCUCCCUCGCCUCGGGCCUCCGGCCAGCCCCGGUUCCUCGGUCCCCCGCCAGGCCCCUGCGCUGCAGGCCCCGCUCCCACAGCCGCCCCAGGACCCCCGACCCGGCGGUGGGACCCCCGCCCCGGGCUGAGGUUGUUGCAGCCCAGCGUAGCCCCAGCCGGGCCUGGCUGGGCCCCGGCUGCCCCCCAGGGUGGGUAUGUCACGGAAAGAGCGUGAGGGCCCUGAGCCAGAACAGGAGGCAGCAGUGGGCAGCAGCCCCUUCUUCACAGGGAUGGGCAGGGAUGAGCCCCCCAGCGAGGGCCCCGACAGGACGGAGGCGCUGCCUGGGGCCCCCCCGCCUGGCGCAGAAGCGGUGCUGGAUGGCCAGGCCUCCCGAUACUUCGCGUCGCUGGAUGCCAGCGUCGGGAGCCUGCAGCAGCGUGCACAGCAGUUGAUCGACAGGGUGAAUGACAGCCGCAAGGAGGACCACACCGUGAUGAGCGGCUUCAGGGAGAGCCUGCUGCUGAAGGUCUCAGGCCUGGCGGAGCAGCUGGAGGAGCGGCUCUUCCACCUCUACGACCUCAACAACGAGCUGAUCCAGGAGCGGCUGCAGGAGCUGGGGGAGGUGAUGGAGCGCGUGGGGCAGGCCGAGGCUGAGCUCCAGCAGGUCUGCCGCACCGUGGAGGCGGCCUACCAUGACCUCUGCCUGCAGCCUGAGACCUGAGCAGGGCCCCAAAUCCGCAGGGCCCCCUCCCCCCCCAAAAAAUCCACGGGAGCCCCCAUGGCAGCCCACCUGCCCCAAAGUGGGGCUGUGCCAGGACAGCUGCGAGUGGGAAAGGAGGAUUUUGGCCCAAAAGGGCUUUUCGGUUGCUGUUGGUGUUCAGGUUUAGCACAAAUUAAAAGAGAAAAAAAGAAAAAAACCUAAAUGUCAAACCCAGU